AUGGGAUGGAAAGAUGUUAAGAGGCGUUUGCCCUCCCAGGCUAUUCCAUUUUGGACUCUCCCCAAGCCAACUGAGGGCGAAAAGACUCAUGAAAGCGCGAAGUCUCGUGUGGAUCAGGGGAAAUUUUCACGGUUCUAUUCUUCCGGAAACGAGGUCAAAGGUCCGUCACCAACCGAGUCCAAGCUCGACGCUCAGUUCGACACAUUGCGAGAUGCAAAGAACGAUGAGAAGGACAAGAUGGAACUCGAAUCGACAAUGGAAUAUUUGAGCAGCAAAUUGAACAUUAGUCUAGAGAACGCUGAGCUUUUUGUCGCCUUAGAACUGCUCCAAGCCCCCAGCGUAGGCGAAAUCACCCGUCGCGGCUAUGUUGAUGGAUGGAAAACAGCAGGUGCCGGCACAACACAUAAGGAACACGCCUCUCACAUCCAACGCCUUUCAUCUGCACUCGCGACAAACCCCGUACUGUUUAAGAGGGUAUACAAGUAUACAUUUGUGGCUGGCCGCGAAGGUGACCAAAAAGCCCUUAGUCUAGAGAAUGCCCUGAUUUACUGGGGUAUGCUAUUUUCACCUCCUGGUAUGCUGUGGAAGAGCGAGAAUCACGACUGGUUGGAUCUGUGGAAGACCUUUCUCGACGAGAAGUGGACUCGAUCAGUUAACAAGGACAUGUGGAAUAUGGCACUGGAAUUCGCAUUGAAGUCGGUGGCUGAUGAGAGCCUGUCCUUCUGGAACGAGGAUGGUGCCUGGCCUAGUGUAAUCGAUGACUUUGUCGAAUGGUGCCGUGGCAAGGGUAUUGGGAAGCAAGAAACAAUGGAAGUUGAUGCGGAGCAGUGA